UCUGAUGGUGACGGAGGCUCUGAAGCCGUACUCGGCCGGUGGUCCGAACGUUUGGUUUGUCUCCAACAUCGACGGGACUCACCUGGCCAAGACGCUCGCUCACCUCAACGCAGAGACGACCCUCUUCAUCAUCGCCUCCAAGACGUUCACCACUCAGGAGACCAUCACCAACGCAGAGUCUGCCAGAGACUGGUUCCUGCAGACAGCCAAUGACGUGAGUCCACCUGUCUCUUGAUAGCUGACUGGACGA